AUGUCUUUAUCAACAAGUCGCCAACAAUUUCUAGCAUACGAAACCCAUGGCACUGAGGGCAUACAAUAUGGCAGAAAAGGAGGCAUUUUCAUCUCAACUUGCAUAUGCGCCUUCUUGAUAAUUUUUUCAGUAAUUAUUGCUGUUCUAGUUGGAGUAAUUGUGUAUUUUAUUACUUAUUUUAAGGUUUCACAGACAUCGCAAGAUAUUUGGGAUGAGGCAGAUCCAUUUGGCCAAACAAGUGAACCCUCGCCUGACCUCCGUUUGCCGCCUUAUGUAGUACCAAGCUUUUAUCGAUUAAAAAUCAAAACAGAUAUAGAGAAGUCUAUUUUUAGUGGAGAGGUGUACAUAACAAUUAGAGCAAGUAAUCAAGUCAGCGAGAUAAUUUUACAUUCAAAAAACCUAGUUAUCAACAACAACAGUAGACUCACGGAACAGAUUUAUGAACAAGAAACAAUACAUACUACUUCGAAGAAAAAACGUGAAGUGAAUGUCUCAAGUGAUAGUAUUGAUAUAGAAAAUGUCACAGCAACUCCAAAUGUGCCCCAUGAAUCCACAACUCUUGAUCAUCUCCAAAUUACAACUAUAGACACACAAGUAACACAUAGCAGUGUCCGUAAUAUAAAAAUACUGUCAAUUGUGGAGGGACCUGGUGAUAGAUUAAUAUUAACAUUGGCUACUCCGCUUAAGACAGGUGUUGAUUACACACUGGAGCUCACAUUUAAGGGAAAUAUAUCAAAUUCUUUGACUGGAUUCUAUAAAAGUACAUAUACUAAUAGCAAGAAUGAGAUCAAAUCACUUGCUGCUACACAGUUUGAGCCUACGUCAGCCCGUGCGGCUUUUCCCUGUUUUGAUGAACCGGCAUUCAAAGCCAAGUUUGAGAUCAGCAUUGCCCACUUACAGAACCUGACUGUUCUAUCCAACAUGAAGGUCGCUGCCCAAGAGCCCAUAAAUGAAGAGCCUGGAUGGCAAUGGACCCACUUUGAUAGAUCUGUCAACAUGUCUACCUAUCUAGUCGCCUAUGUAAUCUCCGAUUUUAAAUACUUAGAAACAAAUUACACCAGCAUGGACAAUGUAACAAAGACUAUUCGCCUCUGGACGAGACCUGAAUUCUUGCAAAAUGGCAAAUAUGCCUUGAAUAUUACACAAAAGCUACUGGAAUUCUAUGAACAUGUUUUUGGAGUACCAUAUGCCCUGGACAAGCUUGAUUUGAUAGCCAUACCAGACUUCUCAAGCGGUGCUAUGGAGAAUUGGGGUCUAAUUACAUUCAGAGAGACAACGCUGUUGUUCAAUGAAACCGAAAAUACGCCACGUGACAAACAGAGCGUUGCGAUAGACGUGGCCCAUGAACUCGCCCAUCAGUGGUUUGGUAACCUGGUCACCAUGAAGUGGUGGACGGACCUGUGGCUGAACGAAGGUUUCGCCACCUACAUAGAGUACGUCGGAGUGGAUCAUAUCGAGCCCGGCUGGGACAUGUUCGAGUCGUUCGCCCUGGACAAGAUGAAUCUGCUCCGCUCGGACGCGCUGCGGAACACCUCGCCGCUGUCCCGGCGCGUGCUCGACGCCUCGGAGAUAUCGCAGAAGUUCGACGAGAUCUCCUACACGAAGGGCGCCAACCUCAUCCGCAUGCUGAACCACACCAUAUCCGAGGAGCUGUUCCACAAGGGGCUCUCGAUUUACUUGAACAAGUGGAAGUUCUCGAACGCGGAGGAGAACGACCUGUGGGAGGCGAUGGCCGAGGCCACCGGCGGGGAUCCCCCCGUGGCCCAGCUCAUGAACAGCUGGACCCGCCAGCCGGGUUACCCCGUCGUCCAGGCCGUGCGAGACUACGACAAGGGCCUCGUCACCUUCUCCCAGAAACUGUUCACGAGCGGCAGCGAGCCACUCGAGGGCGCAGCGGAGCGCCUGUGGCGAAUCCCCAUCAGCUGGACGGGGGCGGAGGCGCCGGCCGGCGAGUCCGACACCUCGCCACGCCUCUGGCUGAAUGGCCGCUCGGCCUCCGCCCCCCUGGACCUCAACGCCACGCAGGCCCUCUACGUCAACGUAGACGCGAUCGGCUACUACCGGGUGAACUACGACCAGCGCAACUGGGAGCUGCUGGCGAGUGCGCUCUCGUCUGGGGCGGUGCACUCGCCGCUGGCGCGUGCGCAGCUGGUGGACGACGCGUUCAACCUGGCCAAGGCGGGGCGGCUGCGCUACGCGGACGCGCUGCGGCUGGCCAGCUGCGUGCGCCGCGGCGAGGACUCGCGCCUCGUCUGGGACCUGCUGCUCAACAACAUGGCCUUCCUCAAGCACAACCUGCGCGCCACGCCCGGCUACGUCUACUUCCAGGAUUACAUGAGGCGGAUCCUGAGCAAACAGCUGCAGCGGCUGAACUACGGCCUGGACAAGCCGAAGGACGACAACGAGGCAUUCCUCAUAGAGAACCUGGUGAUGUGGGAGUGCAUGAUGGAGGCGCCGCGCUGCCUCGACUGGGCCUCGGACAUGUUCCGCAAAUGGUCCGCGCAGGAUGACCUAACCAAUAACCCCAUCCCCAGCUACCUGCGGCCGCUGGUGUACACGAUGGCGGUGCAGCACGGCGGGCGGCGCGAGUUCGACUUCUUCUGGAGCCUGUUCCUCAACUCGAGCGACCCCGCCGUCAAGAGCCUCGCGAUCUCCGUGCUGCCCAGCACCAGGGACGAGGCGCUCAUAUCCCUGCUGCUGGAGCGGAGCCUGGGCGAGCUGCCGAAGCAGUACGCGGUGGCGGCGUGGAGCGUGCAGCCGCCGGCGGGCACGCGGCUGGCGCAGCGGCUGCUGCGGGCGCAGUUCGCGCGCGUGCAGAGGGCGCUGGCGCCGCUCGACGCGUUCGCGCUGCCCUCCGCCAUCGGCGGCGCCUUCGGCUUCGUCACGGACCCGCGCGAGCUGGACGAGCUGAAACAGUUCGCUAGAGAACACAAGAAGGACUUGAUGCCGAUGUCUCAAACCCUGCAGAAACUGAUGGACACCGCAACGCUCAGGAUCAAAUGGGUGGAAAAGCAUGCUGAUGAAAUUAACCAGUGGUUCAAAGAAUAUGUUACAGGUAACACAACAGAACAUUCUGAUUUAAACAGCAAUGCUACAGAAUCGUUAUUAACGCAGAACAUCACAUUCAACAUCCCAUCUAAAGAUACCGAGAGCAACAGCACAACUCCAAAAGCAAGUGAAGAAGCAGUUACCAGUAAUCCUAGUCCG